AUGGAAGUUAUAGAUGUAAAAUGCUUGUGGAGGACAGCUGAUGCAGUUUGUUUUGAUGUGGAUUCUACAGUAUGUCAAGAUGAAGGACUGGAUGAACUAGCCUCAUUCUGUGGUGUAGGUGAAGAAGUUGCUCAAUGGACAAAGAAAGCAAUGGGUGGUGGAGUGUCGUUUAGAGAAGCGUUACGUUCCAGGUUAAAUAUUAUUAAUCCUAGUAAAGAUACACUAAAUAGCUUCAUAAAAUCACAUGACCCUGCUCUUAGUCCAAGAUUUAAAGAAUUAGUGGAUGUUUUAAAGAAAGAAAAUAAAGAUAUAUAUUUGGUGUCUGGUGGAUUCCGGUCUAUUAUAGAACCUGUAGCUAAAAUAUUAAACAUAUCAACUGAUCAUAUAUUUGCUAAUAGAUUACUUUUUGAUGACCAAGGUAAAUAUAUUGGUUUUGAUGAAAAUGAAGCUACAUCUGAAUCUGGUGGUAAAAAGAGAGUUGUGGAGUUAUUGAUAAAGAAAUAUAAUUAUAAAAAUGUUAUCAUGGUUGGAGAUGGUGCAACAGACAUGGAAGCUUCACCACCUGCGUCUGCUUUUAUUGGCUAUGGAGGCAAUGUGGUGAGAGAAAAUGUUAAAAAUAAUGCCAAGUGGUUUAUUACAGACUUCCAGGAACUUAUUACUGAACUAGAUAAUAAAAUUAGCUGA